AUGGCCAACAAGGAUUACUACGGCGGUCAGCAACAACAAUACUACCCACCCCAAGGUCCACCACCAGGACAGGGGGGUUACUAUCCCCAACAACCCCAACAAUCGUACGGAGGGCAGCCUUACGGUCAAUCUUAUGGCGGACCUGGUUACCAACCUCAACCACCACCGCAGACAGUUUACGUGUCAGUACAUAACCCUGCACACAACAACCUGCUCAGUCCAGUGGUGCUGGUGGAGGCGCUGGCUGCCUGGCUUGUCUCGCUGGUGCAUGUCUUUGCUGCUGUGCCGAGGAGGCACUUUGCGACUGUCUAUUUUGAUGAGAACCCACUCAUGAUCACGCUGUAUAUGUCGGCUGGAUGCCUUUAUGCUACAAUGGACACGAACCUUUACUUUCUCUCCUUGGUUAUGAGCCAUCCUGAUUUCUAUUCGUUGGACUACGAUACCGUACUUCGUGAUAGUGUCGUUUCUGAAUGA